GAAAACAACAGACACACAGUUGACAGCUCACACACAGACGCCCAAAGAUGACCCUGUAUUGUGUGUGCUCUUGUUUGUUCAUAUUGAUGGCAGCAUCCAUGCUGCCUUCCUUCCAAGCGACGUCAGCUAUUCGGUAUCCAAAAAUCAAUGGCUCAGAAAGUCUAAACUGUGAUUGUCCAGAUCAUGCCUGCCAGGAGGUUUUUUGGUACCGAUACCUUCAAACGACAAACACUCUUCAGUUCCUAAUGUAUGUCAACAGUGCCGGCAGAGAGAAGAUUGGAGAAAACCUUAACCCGUCUCUCUUCAAGGGCACAGUGUCUAAUGGACCGAAGGUGUCCUACAACCUGCGCAUCACAGAUUUACAGCAAAAUGACACUGGCUUCUAUUCCUGCAUGUUUAAAGCCAAACAGAUAAUGCCCAGUGGAUAUCACAUAAAGCCUGGAGAGAAUCCUCCAACCCUUCACCCGCCAACAGUUAAGACGGAGAAACCCAAUAAACCAUCCUGUAAACGUUGCAAACCCACUAAAGGUUGUGAAAGUUCAGUGCUUUGGCCAGGCAUCGGUGCUCUUCUGCUUUUGGCCAUAGCCCUUGCGGGCACGCUUUACUACUUCAGUCGUCUACCUAAGAAGUGCAGACAUCGAUUCACAAAGACGAAUCCAUUCCGAUGAACAAGAAGAGGCUUUUCAUUUCCAAACAAAAUGUAUCUACAAUUUUAUAAAAUACAAUUAAUUACCUUUAAAAAAAUUAUAAAUACAGUGCUUGUCUUUUAUACUGCAUUUAUUAUAUAACACCUGACCUACAAGCUUGCUAUUUUUGUUCGUUUUUAGGUGGUGGUCUUUUUUCCCUCAAAGUGGGCCUGUAGAUAUCAAGUAUAUUGUGUUUUAAAAUGUAUAAAGUGCAUGUGUGAAUUACAAAAACAGCCUAAAUUUGCUCUUAGUUCUGUUAUUACAGUAUUCAACCUCAGUAUGAGUUCAAUUGAUUGUCCCACUGAAAAACUAAACUGAACUCACCUUAAACCUGGACUAAACCUAGCUGUUCGUCUUAAGAGUCUUUAUAAUUUUUUUUUAUUUUACUUUUACCAUCAGUAACAAAAUGUACAGU